AUGCCGGACAAGAGAGGCGCCACCCUGCUCGAGGACCUGCCAGAGGAGAUCAUUGACAAGAUACUCAUCCGGUUGCAGCCCAAGGACGUCGGUCGUUGCCGUGCCGUUUGCCCGUUGUGGCGCAGUGUCUCCUCCACGCCUGAAUUCAUGGUCGAACACCACCGCCGCCAGCCGUCGCUCCCUGUCAUCAAUGGGUUGGGGCGGCCUGCAAGUUUGGUGAUCUUGCGUAAUAUCGGUGCCGGAGUCCCUAGUCAACAGCUCUGGCCUUUCGUCUCAGGCCAACAAAACUGGUACGAGAAUUACCUUCAAGGCGCCCAUGGUGGCUUUCUCAUCGUCUCCCGGAGAUCCCGAUUCUACGUCUGCAAUCCGGUCCUCCGCAAGCAUGCUCUCCUUCCGCAACCUCGAUUUGGACAAGGCAUUCACAACAGUAUAAUCGGUUUCUACCAGCACCAUCCAACUAGAGAAUACAGGGUGCUCUGGGUCUCAGAAUUACAGCACUCGUCUGACUCCAGCUUAUACAUCCUCACAUUGGGAUCCGAUGAGCCUAGGCAUGUCAGAAUCGGAAUGCUAUCCAUGGACCAGAAGUUACUGAAGGGGCUAAAACCACCAGUCCACCACCGUGGUAGCCUGCAUUGGUAUCCUUAUUAUUAUGAUGCCAGUAAAAUUGUGGAAAUCGGCAAGGAAAUUAUUGCGUUUCACACGGAAGUUGAGUCAUUCCGGUUGCUCGGCAGUCCCCCGCAACCGUAUCGUUAUAGGGGGUUAUUUAAGAUGAAUGAGACGCUUGCUUUCUGGGGCGGAUCGACUCCCCAUUUCACCACCAUGGAUAUCUGGGUGAUGCAGGAUUACGAGGCUGAAGUCUGGGCCUUGAAGUAUCAGAUUGAUGUAUCUACGGUGGAGGCAUCACGGCAACUUUAUAGAGCUUCUUCCAAAAAGAAAAAGAAAACACCACUUGAUUCAGUGGUGCAAUGGUUCAACUGCAUGGUCGUGCUCAACGACCGUGAGCUGCUCAUCUUGUUUAACGAUAAACAUGUGCUGCGCUGCGACGUUGAUGGCAAAUUCUUAGGCAUCGUGAACAUUGGAAAGAGUCAAUAUUGUAUGUUUCCUACUUGGCACCGCGUCCAAGAGAGCAUUAUUCCAAUUCCGUGCCAUGGGAUGCAAGAAGAGGAUGAAGAGCCUCCAUUCUCCUAA